UUAAUUAUAGCAAUCAUAUAUUAAGACAUAGCCAUCAUAUACGACAUUAUAGCCGUCAUGGCUAACCUACUAGUCUUGUCCAGUCAACCAUGGCUAAUACCGCUGCUGCUCUGGCUCCUGACUGCUGUAAGCGCGCUGCAGACGCAUGCUACGCAGAAGGAGCGCAUCCUGCAGAUCCUACAGGACUACGACGUCAACGAGUGGCCAGACUUCCAGUACGGCAGGCCUACAGUUGUGGACGUACAGAUGUACUUCAACUCGUUCGGCUCGCUGAGCGCCGCUAAUAUGGACUUCACGAUAGAUUUGUUCCUGCGCCAGCGAUGGCGAGAUCAACGUUUGGCCUACAGUGGAGGCCUACCCAGCUAUACCAUCAUAGACCCUCAGCUGCAGCAAAAAAUAUGGAAACCCGAUACGUUUUUCGACAACGUCAAGCAAGCGUCUCUGCACACCGUCACCGUGCCUAACGUCUUGUUACGUGUCAACCAGAGUGGUGACGUGUUAUACAGCCUCAGGUUAACCCUAACGCUAACCUGCGCUCUAGAGCUCGAACUCUUCCCAUUCGACGCCCAACGCUGCUUCGUGAAGCUUUCUUCAUACGCACAUAUGGACAACGUCAUCAAAUAUUACUGGUGGCGGCAGGGCAAGGCGCUCGAAAUCGACGAAAACAUCGAAAUCAGUCAAUUCGACUUACUGGAGAACUACACUGAGGAACGAACUGUCGUACUUACAACUGGAAACUUCAGCGGCUUGACGGCGCAUUUCGCCCUGCGGCGGCAGAACGGCUACCAUCUCCUACAGACCUACAUCCCUACCAUCCUCAUCGUCUCCAUAUCCUGGGUAUCCUUCUGGCUUGACCCUAACGCAGUUCCUGGCAGGGUAUCCUUGGGAGUGACGACCCUCCUAACCCUGACAACCCUGGCUUCUGGCAUCAGGCAGUCCCUGCCUCCGGUGUCUUAUGUCAAGGCAAUCGACGUGUGGAUCGGUGUAUGCAUGAUCAUGGUGUUCGGUGCUCUGCUGGAGUUCACCUUCGUCAACUACCUCGCCAACAAGAAGAUGGUAGACUCGCGUCUACCUGAGAUCAUUCAUCUACCAAGAUGCUUGGCCGGAUAUCCGGAGAUUGUGGAGGACCCAAUAGCCGGUGAACAAAAGAAGGAAGGUUACGGCUCUACCUACAUCUUCUACGCUCGGGCCGUUGAUCGUCUGUCCCGCAUCGUCUUCCCUGGAGGCUUCUUGAUCUUCAACCUCAUCUACUGGCCCUACUACAUCAUCCUACAGCGCGCCAUAGCUUGACCGACAUCAUCUUAAAACUUACGACCAUCGAAUAAAUUACUAACAUCGUAGAACUUACGACUAAGCAUUUUUUUUUAGACGUUUUUUAACUUCUUUAUAGUUACUUAUUAAGCCUCAGCGGCGCUGGAAGGUCCAGCCCAGAGCACCAGCUGAGCAGGGCUGUGUCACGGUGACGUCAUCAGCAGCUGGACUCAUGCACCAGCUGGACGCUGCGUGUACCAGCUGCUGGAGCCCAGCGUCGUAUGUCCAGCGCUGGAGGGGGGGGGGUGGUUGUUAUCUUUUUACUUUUCUGAAGUGUUUAUAUAUUUAAUGUUUAUAUAUGUGA